AUGGUCUUCUCAUCACUAAAGAAAGUCCAGGAGGUCGAGGUGAAGGAUCCCUCGGCCUUUGUGGACUCCGAGACAGCAAGCGACGAUGGUCAUGAUAUCUACCAGACUAGCGAAGGUCGACGACAGAUUGGUCUCGUCAGUGCCAUCUUCCUCAUCUUCAAUCGCAUGAUCGGAACUGGUAUCUUUGCUACCCCGAGUAGCAUCCUAUCGAGCAGUGGAAGUGUCGGCCUUGCAUUGUUCAUCUGGGUAGCUGGAUUAAUCAUUGCCGCCGCUGGCAUGGCCGUCUAUCUCGAGUUCGGCACAGCACUUCCCAGGAACGGUGGAGAGAAGAACUACCUCGAAUACGUGUUCAAGAAGCCUAAGUUCUUGGUCACUGGUCUUUACACUGGCUACGUCGUUCUUCUUGGUUGGGCUGGAUCCAACAGCGUCGUCUUUGGUGAAUACAUCCUCAAUGCCGCCCAAGUCCCUGUCAACCGCUGGAAUCAAAGAGGAAUUGGUCUCGCUUGUAUCACGUCGGCCUUCCUUAUUCACGGUCUGGCUCUGAAGUGGGGUCUUCGCCUGCAGAACGUUCUUGGUGUUAUCAAGCUUGUCAUUCUGCUCAUUAUCGUCAUUGCUGGAUUCGCCGCCCUUGGAGGCCAUUUGCGCAUCGAUAAACCCCACAACUUCGACAAUGCUUUCGAGGGCACCACAGGCUCGGCAUACGGAGUGGUCACCGCUUUAUACAAUGUUAUUUGGUCCUUCAUCGGUUACAGCAACGCCAACUACUCCAUGAGCGAGAUGAAGAACCCCGUCAAAACGCUCAAGAUCGCAGCUCCCACCGCUAUCAUGAUUGUUGGUGUUCUUUACAUUCUCGCCAACGUUGCAUACUUCGCAGCGGUCCCCAAGGAAGAGAUCAUGAGCAGUGGACGUAUUCUCGCUGCCCAAUUCUUCCGAAACGUGUUUGGACCCAAAGCAGAGAGGGCAUUGAGCGUCUUUGUUGCUCUCUCAGCUUACGGAAACGUGCUUUCCGUGAUCUUCUCCCAGGGCAGACUUGUCCAAGAACUUGGCCGUGAAGGCAUCUUGCCAUUCUCUAGACUCUGGGCAAGCAACAAGCCUUUUAACGCACCUUUCAUGGGCCUGUUCGAGCACUGGGCUGUCUCGGUCAUCAUCAUGUUGGCUCCUCCUCCUGGUGACGCCUACAACUUCAUCCUGAACGUGAUCUCCUACCCACUUUCAGUUGUCAACGUUUUUGUCUCACUUGGACUUAUCUGGAUCUAUCUUCAUCGCGAGAAAUUCAACUGGAAUCCUCCGGUCAAAGCUACGCUUCCGGUCACCAUCUUCUUCUUCCUCAGCAACAUCUACCUGGUCGUUGCACCGUUUGUUCCUCCUCCCACUCCCGAGCUGAACCAGUACAAAUCACUCCCCUACUAUCUUCACUGUGUUGUUGGUCUGGGUAUAAUUGCAGCCGGAGGUAUCUACUGGGUCUUCUGGGCUGUUCUCCUGCCCAAGAUUGGAGGUUACCGCCUUGAGAAGGAAGUUCACAAGGAUGCCGAAGGCUGGACUAGGAACGUCUUUAUCAAAGUUCCUAAACACCAACCUCCUGUCGAAGGCAGCAGCAGCAGCAGCAACUUCUAA